AUGCAUGUCGAACUCAAAAAUCGUUCUGCCAGCGAAUUGGAGCCCACAACUUCUUUGAGUUGCUGUGCAUCCCAGGCCGACUACCCUCUCUGCGAGGGACUUCCGCGCAAUGGCAUCCGUGUCAUUGACACGGCACACGUCAUCAGCACCAAUUGCACCUGGCAUGGACAUCCAGGGCUGCAGGUGACCCUCAAGGAGACACUGACCUUCCAAGGCACUUUGGUGUUGAAGGGUGAGAUACAGAUCAUGGGGGAGCAGGAGCUGGACGGACCCUGUAUCAAUGUGAGCGGGAAGAUGACGGUGAUUGCCGCGAACGCCAGCUUCGUUGGCUGCAGAAACAGAAUGAAGGAUGGAAAAGGCGGAGCUCUGUUCAUCCAGCGAGACUUGAUCGUCAGCAACAGCAGCGUCAAGUUCGAGAACUGCAGAGCAUCAGCAGGCGGCGGCCUCUACACCGGCAGCUUCUUGCAAGAAGCAGAAAGCACGGUGACCUUCGAGAACUGUUUCGGCAACGCCGGCGGAGGUGCACACGUGCGGAAUGACUUCACGCAGGGACCGAAGAGCUCCGCCAUCUUCCGCAGCUGCAGUGCGAAUGGAUUCGGAGGCGGCCUCUACACUGGCAGCUUCUUGCAAGAAGCAGAAAGCAUGGUGACCUUCGAGAACUGCACCGGUUUGAGCGGCGGAGGUGCAAGCGUGAAGGAAAACUUCACACAGGGACACAAGAGCUCCGCCAUCUUCCGCAGCUGCAGUUGCCUCGAUGCUGACGGCAGCUUCUCCCAAGCAGAAGAAAGCACGGUGACCUUCGAGAACUGCACCGGUUUGAGCGGCGGAGGUGCACGCGUGAAGGAAAACUUCACACAGGGACGCAAGAGCUCCGCCAUCUUCCGCAAUGGAGCCUGA